UAUUAGGUUUGCCCCAAUAGAGAGUCUUUGUAGAAGACUUUUUUAAUCCCAAUAACAGAAAUUACGAAGAUAUUUAAACAAAUAUUGAUGAUACAGUGAAGUGUGUUUUUCCCAUCAGGCAUUAGCAAAUGAAAAAACUCUUUGAGGAACAUUGCAAACAUGAAAAAUAUUUACUGGAUUUAACACCAGGUGAUAGAUGCUUCCAACAAAUGUUAUCAGAAAAACAAUGGAAUAAAAAUAAUUUUUGUAGCCAAUUGUGUAAAACCAGUGAUUUUUUUGGUUUGGUCAAAGUUAUAUAACCAAUAAUAACUACUAACCAAUCAAAUCAGUUAAACCAUUCAAUUUGCCAACGGUUAACUCGUGAACAAGUUAUCAAAGUUUUAUAUGACCCUUUAAAUCUUUCUGCAGUUUCUUUAAUACAAUAGCUGAAGGACAAAGGCACAAUGGUUGGAAAAACCAAGAUACAGGAAAUUGACCUAGGGAAAGAAGACACUACUUGGGACGAAAUUGAUGAAAAGAAGAAGUCUUGUUUGAAGCAAAUUCUGCGGCCCAUACUUUUGGCCAUGGCCAUCGCAGGCUGCUACAACUUCAGCGAUCUAAUCUACAUCCAGAAGUCGGAAAAUGACAAAACAAGUGUCAAGUGGGUGUUAUCUUUGAUGUACCGGCUGGUUUUGUUGCUCGUAACAUUAGCAGCGACUGCUAGGUAUGCUUGUAUAUUGUUCUAUCUGCCAUCUGACUACCAGUACAUAGCCAUACUGUGUCUCGUAUGGGCAUUGCAUCUCGUUACACAGCUGUUGCUGAGUUUCAAGACAACGAGUAGAAAGUAUGGACAUUAUGAGAAAGCGUUCCAGCACUGGGAAAGUGUAAUAAUUCCUGAAAGUCGGCAGCUUGGACUAAGAUGUCCUGUGGCCCAGAUUAGACGACAAACUAUUACAGCAGUCAUUAUAGGAAUGGCAAUAAUAAUCCUUAAUGUUGUUUCAAUAGGCAUUCAACUUGAAGUCAGUGCUGAUCCAGUGUUUUACCUAUUUCCUCUGUCCGAAACACACUGGUCAAAAAUGUUUUACAUCUUUCUAAUGCUCAUGAGUUCUCUUGUAUGGAUCGUCCCACAAGCAAAUGCUAUUAUACUUUCAAAAACACUGACCACAGUCUUUACUGUAUACAAUGAGACAUUUGAAAAACAGAUUACUGACAACAAAAACAAUCUCCCAGAAAAUUUUCCGAGGAUGCGUCAACUACAUAUUAACAUCUGCAAACUCGUUGAGGAGCUGGACAAUGAUAUGGGAUGGUUCUACGCCACUGAUAUGGGCUUCAUGAUAUUUUUGACUGUGUUCACACUCUAUCAGAUUGUAAAGACAACCAUGGACACAUUCAGUCUCGUCAUGUACUUCUUCUGGUUUCUCUCCGGCAUCGCCAUUGUGGUAUUCACAACCUCCUUUGCAGCCUUCACACAUGAAGCGGCCCACGCACCGCUGGACACAAUCUACUACAUCAAUGUUCAGGACAUCACAGUAGAAAAACUAGCUCAGCUGAACCUGUUUCUGUCCAAGCUGACGGGGACCCAGGUGGGAUUCACUACAUGUGGACUGCUGACUAUCACAAAGGAGUUCAUACUCACAAUUGCAGGGGUGUUCCUGACCUACUUUGCUGUUCUCUACACACUGUAGCGGGAUACAGAACCAUAACAUGGAUUGAGGGGAAGAUCCAAUGGUUGAUGUUGCAUGGGUGUAAUUUGGAAGCGCAAAUAAAGAGUGAAAAAUUUAGAUUAUAACAGUUUAAAAUGGUGUAUUUUAGUGUAUAUAUGCCUACCAAAUUGUCAUAAAAUAUCAAUUGGGCAAUUUUAGGGUCGGUGUUAGGAUGGGGAGGAAUGCCAUGAAUCCAUUAGUGGGAUAUAUGUAGACUUUUUUCCUCUACAAAGACAUGCUCCAAAUUCUUUUUGAGAAUGUAUGAAACAAUUUUGGAAGUGAAAACUUUUUUUUUAUGACAUGAUAAAAGUGUUGUUAUAGAACUGUUGACCAUAUGAAAACAAUUUAUACUUGUUGUGUUUGUGAAUAAGGUCGUUAUUGGUGUUGUGUUUUUAAUUUCUGCAUGUUUUAAUCAUUCAGUUAUAUGUAUUAAAUCUUUGAAUACAAUUUGGACCGAUUUACUGCUUGUAAAUUAAUGACAGAGAACAUUGCACAUCAAUUAUUUACAAUAUCCAUCAAUUAAAACAUACCUGAGUUUAUUUUUUCUGUCUUCAUGGAACUUGCUGACAAAUCUGCAAGCCUGAAAUAAUAAAGUCAUGAAAGCUU